AUGCCUCCCCCAAAAUCGGCCAUCAGCGAUGAGCAAUCGGCUCCGGACCUGGAGAUUGUCGGCAACCAGGUAACAAUCCAUCCGUCUGGCUUCACGGGCGGCCCCGAUGCGCAAGAUGAUCCUAUCACCGAACGAAACCUCGUCCGCCAUAUGGCGCGAUUCCGCGCAAACCCCCUCGAGUUCCUCCGCGAAGUGAGCUUGUACAUGUCUGGAACAGGCUGGCGCGCAUACGAAGAUGUUAUCGGGCAGCCUGUCUUCUAUCCGGGAUUUGGAGAGAGGAUGAAGUCCUCUAUCCUAUCCAGUCCCAUGCUACAGGACAAAGUCAGGGAACUGGCCAGUACCCGCCUUGGAGUGGAAGAGAAGGAAGGUCUGGUUGCGAUUAAAGAAGGCGCAAACUUGGACGAGAAGCGAGCUCGGCGCCGACAUGAGAUCGAAAGCAGUCUUAAAGAGGUGGUGGACACUAUGAUGGAUAAUAUGAUCUGCAAGAUGGAGAGCAAGACAUUCAUUCGAGGCGCAUACUACUUGUGCACGCAACUUUUAACCCGUGCCUACCACCAAGGUAUUCACGUGUCCAGUGAGGAGGUUCUGCGUCUACGGUCUGUAGCAGAGACUGCUGCGAAGAACAAGCAGUCAAUUGUGUUCUUACCCUGCCACAAAUCGCAUGUGGACUAUGUGUCUUUGCAACUCAUUUGCUACCGUCUGGGAAUUGGUCUCCCAGUUGUUGUUGCGGGUGACAAUUUGAACAUUCCGCUGCUUGGCCCAUUUUUACAGCAUGCAGGUGCUAUGUGGAUUCGACGCAGCUUCGGGAACGAUCCCCUGUAUCAUACAGUCGUGCAGGCCUAUAUCGACACCCUCCUUCAGCAAGGGUUCAAUUUUGAAUGCUUCAUUGAGGGCGGUCGGUCCCGGACUGGAAAACUACUUUCUCCCAAGUUCGGAAUUCUGAAUUUCAUAGUUGAAAGUGUAUUGUCCGGUCGGGUUGAAGACACCAUUAUUUGUCCCGUCAGCACACAAUACGACAAGGUUAUCGAGACUGAAUCCUAUAUUAGCGAACUUCUAGGUCAACCUAAACAGAAGGAGAACUUGGCAGAUCUCCUGUCAUCCUCUUCAGUACUAUCCCUGAAAUUGGGGCGAGUUGAUGUUCGGUUCCAUGAACCAUGGAGUUUGCGAGAAUUCCUCACUCAGCAGCUUUCUCGUCUCAAUCUCCCUAGCAUAGGCAGCGGCCAGAAGCUUGCGCAGGCCGAACGGGGCCGGAUACUCAGAUCUUUGGGAUAUCGCGUUCUAUCCGAAAUCAACGAUGUAUCUGUGAUGAUGCCACCCGCGCUUGUCGGAACUGUGCUUUUGACACUCCGUGGCCGUGGUGUUGGAAAGGGUGAAUUGGUGCGGCGAUUAGAUUGGCUCUGUGAUCGCGUACGAGCCAAGGGUGGUCGGGUUGCUCACUUCUACCGCUCCCCGACAGAAGUGGUUGUUGAGCGUGCACUUGACGUGCUGGGACCAAAGCUAGUUGGUGUGAUAUCCGGAUUAGUGGAGCCUACCUACUACGCCGUGGAUCGGUUCCAGCUGUCAUUCUAUCGCAACAUGCUCAUUCAUCUCUUCAUUACCGAAGCAUUGGUUUCUGUUGCGAUGUAUACGAAAAUCAAGCAAGGUGGCGGGCCCACUAACCAGCGGAUCACCUUCGAAGCUUUGAAGAACCAGGUCGCGUUCCUUUCUCAGCUUUUCCGUGGUGAAUUCAUCUUCCCUCCCGAGGGCUUAGUCACCAACAUGGAAAAUACCCUGCACAGUCUAGAGACAGAUGAUGUGAUCAGCAUCACCCGUGACAGCUCUGGUGUUCCGCAGUAUGUGGAACUGAGUGACGCUGAACGUACAUGUGGCCGAGAGAACUAUGAUUUCUAUUGCUUCUUGAUCUGGCCUUUCAUUGAAGCCUCAUGGCUUGGUGCUGUGUCUCUUGUCGGACUCACACCUCCCCUAGAUGGUCCGCAGAAUAUCUGGAUAGACAACAAAAAGGCUCAAGACAGUGCCCAACUGCUUGGCAAAACUCUAUAUUACCAGGGAGAUCUUUCCUAUUUCGAAGCUGUCAAUAAGGAAACCCUCAAGAACUCUUAUCAGCGCUUCGAGGAGGAGGGAAUUAUUCUCGUUGCUAAGGACAAGGACUCUCGGGCUGGACCAUCUCUGAGACUCGCCCCAGAGUGGACUCCAGAGAGGGAUCCCAAAACUGGCAAAGUGCUUCCUCGUGGGCGUUUAUGGGAUUUCACAGAGUUGAUUGCUCAGUCACGCCGUGAAGGCAAAAACCGCCGUGAUGGUGCCACAGUCUCCUCGCGUGUCUUAACUAUGUCGGACAUCGUUGGGCGGCAACUUUUCCUCAAUGCUGCAACCCCAGCGCCUGCUGAUGUAUCUUCUCGGCAGAUGCGUCGCAAGGCCAUCGGCACCGAGUCGAAGCUUUAA